CUCCUUCCCCGAAAGGGGUCAAAGCCUGUAGCAAACCCUCCCCGAGAAAGUUGUCGCCAUUUCGCCCGAAGGAGACGGUCAUGCUCGUGCAUCUGUCCCCUGUGUUGGAGGCGAUGGCUCCGCUGCUGAAGACCAGCGCCGGUUCCCUGCUGCUGAUGUCCGCGCUUCUGGUUCUUGUGGGGGCCGAGGGAAACGGGCCCGAGCUACGGAGACACAAAAGAGAAUGGAUCAUCGCUCCCAGACAGCUGUAUGAGAACCACGAUUACACCACCUCCACGAGUAUCGCUAAAAUUAACUCGGAUAAGAGCAACUAUACAUCGAUAUUUUACUCUCUAGAAGGGCCGGGUGUUGACCAGCCCCCUAGAGGUUUAUUUGGCAUCGACCGUCUAACUGGCAAUGUGAGAAUCUAUUCCAUUCUGGACCGAGAGAAGAUUCCUUUCUAUACGUUAAGGGGAAUCGCAAAGUACGCUAACGGGGCCAAAGCUGAAAAGGAUAUCGAUCUUAAAAUAAUUGUUUUGGACGUGAAUGACUGCCCACCAGUCAUUAAAGUCCAGCAAGUCGGAUCCGUCAAUGAAUCGAGUGCACAAGGUACCGUUGUGAUGAAAGUUAUAGCUACUGAUGAUGAUGAAGAGAACUCGCUGCACUCCAAGAUUCACUACAGCAUUGUGGAGCAGAGCAACACCGCUGGGAUGUUCCUCAUCAACCCCGAGACCGGGGAGAUCCGGGUUCAACGUAACACUCUGGACAGAGAGAGACAAGAUACUUACACGUUGAAAAUAAAAGUCUCCGACUUGAAUGGGCAAAGUGGAGGAAACACGGGAACCGGUGAAAUUGUGGUCAAAAUUUUAGACAUAAAUGACAACAUUCCGACCCUGGAGAAAGAAUUGUACGAAGGAAGCAUACAGGAGAACACUAUCAAUGUGGAGGUGAUGAGGAUCAAAGCCAUUGACAUGGAUCUGAUUUACACCGACAACUGGCUGGCUGCGUAUGAGAUUGUUUCUGGGAAUGAGGCCGGCUACUUCAGCAUCACCACCGAUUCUAAGACCAACGAGGGAAUUAUCAUGAUUCACAAGGCCCUGGACUUUGAGGAGCAAAGGUUGGUCAACCUGCAAGUGACCGUUUCCAACAAAGCAGCGUACAGCUUCGGCAGCGGCGCUGUGCUCGCUCCCACCCCACAAAAACCCUACCGUGUCAAUAUCAACGUGCUCAACGAGGUCGAAGGCCCCCGAUUCCAACCAAGCGUCAAAGUGGUGACUAUCUCCGAGGACCACACCAUCACCUCCAUCCAAAAAGUAAUCGCCAACUACGCCGCCAUCGACAGCGACACGCUGAAGAUCGCCACCAACGUACGGUAUGCUAAAUUAAAAGACGACGACAACUGGCUGAUUAUUGAUGAAAGAACAGGAGACAUCAAGCUGAAUAAACUACCUGACAGAGAGUCCAAGUUCUUGAUCAAUGGAACAUAUUACGCCAAAAUUAUAUGCAGCACCAACGACGUUCCCUCCAAAACUGCCACGGGGACCAUAGCCAUCCAGGUGGAGGACUUCAAUGACCACUGUCCCGAACUCACCACCAAAAGUCAGACCAUGUGCGUCGAGGACAAUGUGAUCUACGCCACAGCCGUAGACAAAGACAAUUUCCCCAAUUCUGCACCAUUUGAGUUCUCUGUGAUCCAGGUGGGGAAACAGGAGAAAUGGACAGUGGAGCAUUUUAAUGAAACCACAGCCAUUCUGCGCGACCAAGCCAACCUGUGGCCAGGCACGUACAAAGUGGCAGUGGAGGUCAAAGACCAGCAGGGAAAGUCGUGUGAUCCUGUUCAGAUGAUGGACCUCGUUGUGUGUAAUUGCGAGACGAGCACGAGGAAGUGUAGCUCCCGCGCUGCAAGGACCACCGUUUUUGGGGCUUCGGGUAUCCUGCUUAUGCUCCUGGGACUGCUGCUUCUGCUGUUGCUUCCCCUCCUGCUGCUGUUCUGCCUGUGUGGAGGUACAGCAGCAAUUGGAGAUUUCAAGGGCAUUCCAUUUGACACCAAACAACAGCUCAUCGCAUAUCACACUGAGGGACAGGGAGAUGACAGGGAAGUUCCUCUUCUACAUGUGCCGGAUCAAGUUCAUAUUGGCACAAUAAAUGCCAAGAACAAAAACACCUAUGCAGGGUACCCAGGAGGACUGAUUGAAUUUGCAGGCGCAGGCGGCACCCUACAGAACUCCUUCUACUCACGCGGGAACCAGGAGCUGUACAACCAACAUCACAUGUCCAGCGCGCAGGGGGGGGUGGACUACGUGGACGCUGGCAUGAUGACAGGACAAGGGCGAGAGCAGCUCUUCUCCCGGUACAGAGCGGAGGCCUUUGAUGGGAUGGCUCUAUCGGAUCACUUCCUGGGGGAGUAUUAUUCAAGUAAAUCCAACCACGCUGCUCACCAAGCUCAGGAAAAGGACAAUCUUCUGAUCUAUGGCUACGAGGGACAGGGGUCUCUGUCGGGGUCUGUGGGUUGCUGCAGCCUUCUUGACAACGAGGACGACCUGGCCUUCCUGGAUGACCUCGGGCCUAAAUUCAAAACCCUGGCUGAGAUCUGCAAGGGGUCGGCCGUGGUGACUGAGUCUGCGGAUGCACGGGUUUCCUUCUCUCCGCCCAGGCCAGUGUCUCCUCCCUGGCCCUCCACCCACACCCACGUCAGUACUCACACAGAGACGACCAGGGACAGGGCCCGGGACCACUCGAACAUCAUCACCCUCAACACCUCCAACGUGGCGUCUGGAUCCUCCACCGUUGUGCAGGAGGAGCGAAUCACCGAGAGAAGCCUCGCUUCAGCCACUGCUCCCAGGGUACUGGUCCAAGACAACAUUGUGAUCCCCAGUCAGACGCUGCUCGUGCAGCAGCCCACUAUGUACUACGCUGCCUCUCCCAUGUAUGUAGUCGAGCCCAAUCCCCAAGUGGUGCUGGUGGCAGGGGGGGCCCAGCAUGCAGUGGGCCAAGUAGGCCAAGUCGGGCUAAGUCAGGGGCUGGUGCAGGUUAGCGGGAUGCAAGGAACUCAGGGUGUGGUCCUGGUAGACAGACAGGCAGGAAUGGGGGUUGUGCCAGGGCAAGUAGCACAAGGUAUUUCACAAUCAAGCCUCUCCAGAUCCAGCCAGGUGUUCCUGGUGGAGGACGGGCCCUCGGGUAGGGAGCAAGGCGUGAGCUUGGCGCAGGGAAUCGGUCAGACGGGACACAGGUUUGCAGAGCAGGGUUCAGGGAUCAGAGAUCUCGGUUUUCAGUUUCAAACGCAGAGUUUUUCACUGGCUUCCGACGGUGCCACGGGAUCAAGUGGGGAUUCUGCUCAGGCAGCCGCGCCCAAAUCGCAAGGCAGACAGAGAGUGGUUGUGCAACGUAAGAAGGUCUCAGUCACUGAGAGAAACAUUGAGUCUAGUACAACAGCGUAAAGCAGCCGUUUUUCUCGGCAUUUCAACUCAUGUCACACAUGUUUUGAUACACACUGAAACAUAUUUUAGUGUACUAAAGCCUAAUGCUGUAAAUAAAUACACAUAUGUUGGUGUAGACAGAUUGUGAUGAAAUGGGGAAAAACUGGUAAAAGGAUUGUUUAGUCCGUUAGACUAAAAGUGCAAUUGUGCAUAGUAAUAACACAACUGACUGUAGUGAUAUUGCGUGAUAUUGACUAUCUCACUAUUGGGGCGUGAGAGAAUUGGAUUUCCACUCUAAUUCUGUAUAGUAAAAUACUAUGGAAUACUAUAGCAUUAAAAAAUAUGUUGAUACUAAAAAGUGUAUGCAGUUUUUGGAGGCUACCUGGGCAAACAAACAUUAGUUGAAAGUACACACUAUAUAGUAUUAGUUUCAAGAAUAUAAAUGGUACAAAGAAACUCAUUCUAUUGUUACACCGCAGUGUCCCAAUAUUGAUUAGUUGUACACGGAAUGGUGGCCUUAAAAACCCUGUAUUGAAUUUCAGCUACAAAACUUGAAUGGCUACAGUGGUGGGAACAGCUAAAGUAAACACAACUACAACUGGAAAUAAAUAAAAAAUGCUCUCCCAACCGACAGGAAAAUGAAAAAAGCAGACCAUGAACAAAAAGAUCAGUGUGCACUUGAACCCAAUCCCCUCGUGUAAAUAGUCUUGUCAUUGCUACCGAUUAUAAAAUUGUCCUUUUUCCCCUUGAUUGGCAGAUCUAUAGAUGCUUUAGUUGGGUUUUAUAAUAUGCAGGCUUUACCCAUAAGCCUUUCUGCAACAUUUACACUGUUGAAUGUAGUUAAAGUGUAACUAAUCAGGAAGCAUGUAUGGCUUCUGCGUGGAGCACAUGCAAAUUCUGUUUGUGCUGUUGAACUGACGCAGAAAAACCAAAGCCAAAGGACGUAGUAUACCAAGAAGGGAGAUGGCAGUUUGUUAUCAAUAAGACAAAAUAGUCACCACGGACUGUAAACCAAAGAAGAGACUACUAAAAAAAAUAUCUAAAAUGUAUUGUUGUACUUUAAAUCUUUCUAUUAUUUCUACUGAGCUGCGUGUUUUUAAAUAGUGAUUUUCUAAAAAACUUGUUGAUUCCAAAAGAUCUAAGUGACAAUUCUGAAAGAAAGAAAAGAAGAUGUACAUUUUAACUGAAGACCUUAUUUUUACAAAUACAUCCCAUCGUUAUUCGAUUUUUGAGGCUGUUGUGUGAGUGCAUGUGUAUGAAGCUAACAUGUGUGGGGAUAACCAGAUAAAUGACAGACAAGCUUGCUAAGCACUGAAAACAUGCAAUCCAAUGAUUCUAAUAUUGCUGCAUUUGCUAUUGAUGUGUUGAAUUCCAAGCUUUGGUGUUGAAUGAGCUGUAUAAAUAUUGCAAACUGCAUAUUGCUUUAGAAUAGGACUGCGCUAAAGCUGUGUCGGACACAAUGGUGAGAAGUUUUGCACAUCCUGUCGUAAUAAAAUCAGAUGUAAAAGAGA